UUUGCAAAUCAGAUCGAGAACACACAUCACCCCCACUCCACGAUUUCAUACACCGACUGUAUAGUAGCGCAACUCUACUUCAAUCUCCGACGAACUAGGGUUUCAAAUUCGUUCAAAUUCACACUCAAUCGAACUAACUGAUCACAGAUCUCAACAGAUUAUCAAUCUAACAGACUCAUAGAUUAUGAGGCUCUUACAAUUCGCAUUCAUUGUCGCAUUAGCAUCUGGAUUUGCAGCUAUUUUCAUAUACAUCAGUGGCGUUUCGGAUCUAAACAGGACGUUGAACGUUUCCGAUGAAGAAACUGAAGCGUUGCAGUCGUUGCAAAGUGGAUUUCAGAAGUGUGUGGCGGCAAAUGGGUUAGGGCUGCAAGCUAUCGGCGGCAGAGACUACUGCAAAGUUACACUACAAUUUCCCAGUGACACCAUCCCUAAAUGGAAAGACCCCAAGACUGGAAAUGUGGAGGGCUUAUCUUUCGAGUUUAAUCUAUGUGAAGCAGUUGCCACAUGGGAGCAGGUUCGGAAUAGUACAACCAUUCUCACAAAGGAGUUUAUUGAUGCUUUACCUAAUGGAUGGACAGAUUAUGCAUGGCGAAGGAUUAAUAAAGGAUUACUUCUUAACAACUGUGCAAAUAAAACUCUUUGCAUGGAGAAACUAUCUUUGGUACUACCGGAAACACCACCAUAUGUCCCCCGCCAAUUUGGCCGCUGUGCAGUAAUUGGUAACUCUGGAGAUCUGUUAAAAACAAAGUUUGGGAAGGAGAUUGAUGGUUAUGAUGCUGUUCUCAGGGAAAAUGGUGCACCAAUCGAUAAUUACACAGAAUAUGUGGGUAAAAAGAGUACAUUUCGCCUACUCAAUAGGGGUUCUGCCAAAGCUUUGGAUAAAGUUGCCGAGUUAUAUGAAACUGGGAAAGAGGUACUGAUUGUUAAAACUACAAUCCAUGACAUCAUGAACAAAAUGAUUCGGGAAAUUCCAAUUCUCAAUCCCGUAUAUCUCAUGUUAGGUGCAUCUUUUGGAUCAGCUGCAAAGGGAACUGGGCUCAAGGCUCUUGAGUUUGCUCUGUCAAUAUGUGAUACUGUUGACAUGUAUGGGUUUACUGUGGAUCCAGGCUAUAAAGAAUGGACAAGAUAUUUCUCUGAGUCUCGACAAGGUCAUACCCCGUUGCAGGGUAGGGCUUACUACCAGAUGAUGGAGUGUUUAGGACUUAUCAAAAUCCAUUCUCCGAUGAGAGCUGACCCGAACCGUGUUGUCAAAUGGGUGCCAAGCCAAAGUACGAUCACUCUUGCUAGACUUGCGUCAGAGAAAAUGCUGAGGUGGGUUGGAGCAGGGUCCGAUGAUCCACUGGCAUCUUGUUCCAUCAUCAAGAAGAAACUCCACAAAAGCCGAUUUCCAUCACUCAGAAAAGCUGCUAUUGAUCAUCAAAAAUACGUGAAAGAGACCACAAUGUACCCUUUGGAGCAUAGCGUUGGACACAGUCAACUCUGCACCGUGUCAAACAGCUGAACCAACGUUUAUCAUCACCUCCAUAUACAGAAACCGCAACACAUCACCGACACUGUGGCUCAAGUUGAUCGAGCAUCUGCUACCAAAUACCCAUUUUUCAGUAGUGUAAGUUUCUCUAUUUCAUCAUACUUCGGGGUGUUAGACAUGUCGGGGCUGGCAUGUUGGGGUUGACUUGAGCACUACCCGGUUAACCUUGAGUAUUUAUUUAUUAUUUUUUUCCAUACAAAUACUCUUGUCGAUUUACAACAAAAGAUAUAAAAAUACAUAACGUAAUUAUGUUGAAAGUAAAGAACAUGAUGCUCAUUUAUCCUUUUAUCA